AUGAAAGUCAAGACCAUCGCCAGAUCUGCAGACACAUAUGUGCCAGCUAGAAACACUCAGGAGUCUGCUUUGCCCAGAAACUUGAACCCUGCCCUUCAUCCGUUUGAAAGAGCCAGAGAAUACACAAGAGCAGUCACAGCUACUAAGCUUGAAAGAAUGUUUGCAAAGCCUUUUGUGGGCCAGUUGGGUGAUGGACAUCGAGACGGAAUCUAUCAAAUCGCACGGAACUUUAAUACCACUAACCAGGUUGCAUCUGCUUCCGGAGAUGGAGUGGUGAAAUACUGGAACAUGACAUCCAGAGAAGAGGCACUCAGUUUCAGAGCGCACUACGGCAUGGUCACAGGUCUCAGCAUAACGCCCAGAAGAGGAUUGCUCAGUUGUGGUGAAGAUAAGGCCAUUAAACUUUGGUCGUUGGAGAGUUCGGACUUCGGUGACGAGGUGGACGACUUGGAUGUGUACCGGUCGUCCAACAACGAGUCGGGACUCAUUAAGACAUUUGCAGGCGAGCACGCAUUCAAGGGCCUCGACCAUCACUUCACAGAUGACAUUUUUGCUACUGGAGGUGCGUCCAUCCAGCUCUGGAAUAUGGCCAGAUCCAACUACGUGCUGAACAUGUCUUGGGGUGCAGACAACAUCAACAGUGUCAAGUUUAACCGUACAGAGACCAAUGUGCUUGCAUCGUGUGGAUCAGACAAUUCCAUUGUGUUGUAUGAUAUUCGAACCAACUCGCCAGUGCAAAAGGUCGUGACGGCAUUGCGUGCCAACGCCAUUUCAUGGAAUCCCAUGGAGGCAUACCAUUUUGCCUCGGGCCACGAGGAUCACAAUGCCUACUUGUGGGACAUGCGUGACUUGACAAAGUCGCUCAAUGUUUACAAGGACCAUGUGAGUGCCAUCACCGACUUGGACUUCAGUCCUACUGGCCAGGAGUUGGUGACUGGAUCUUACGAUAAGACAAUUCGUAUCUUCAGAGCUCGCGAUGGUCACUCUAGAGAUGUGUAUCAUACCAAGCGUAUGCAACACAUUUUCUCUGUGUGUUUCACCACCGAUUCACGGUACAUUCUUAGUGGAUCGGACGAUGCUAAUGUGAGAUUAUGGAGAGCUAAGGCUUCAGAGAGAUCCAACAUCAAGUCAGCAAAGGAGCGCGCCAAGCUCGACUAUGACCAGAAGUUGAAGGACAGAUACAAAUUCAUGCCUGAGAUCAGACGUAUCUCGAGACAUAGACACUUGCCGGGAGUGGUGAAGAAGGCACAACAGAUCAAGAGAGUGGAGAUUGAAUCGUUACAAAGAAGAGAGGACAACGACAGAAGACACAGUAAAGAGGGUAGUAAGCCACGGAUUCCCGAGAGAAAGAAGCACAUCCGUGGUACAGCCAUCAGAGAGGAGUAA